UAUCACGUGACAAUACUUCCUGGUUACAUAACUAUCAACAGUAUGUUAUAACAUUUUAUUUGGUGUGACAUUUAUUGUAGGAGUCUUAAAUUUAAUAUGGCGUCACCCGUACCGAUAUGCGAUAUUUGUAUGACAGAUAACAUAACAAAAUCUGCCACUGUUUGGUGUUCAGAAUGUGAAGAAGCCAUAUGUAAUGACUGCGAAAGACAACAUGACCGCAUGGGUUUAUCAAAGAACCAUAAAACUACAUCUAUUAAAGAUUACCAGGAACUGCCUAGUUCUGUUGCUGCUAUCAAACAGAUAUGCAAAGGACACAACUUAAAAUUCGACUUCUAUUGUGCAAUUCACAAUGAACCAUGCUGUGUGUCUUGCGUUACGGAGAAACAUGGCACCUGUCUUAAAUUGGAGCCAUUAUCGGAAGUAGUGAAAGGAGUAAAGUCGUCUGCUGCAUUUGCAGAUUUAGAAGAGAGGACAAAAGACAUCAGCGCACUAAUUGGCGACCUGAUAACAGAGAAAAAAAGUAAUCGAGCAAGUUUUGGAGUUCAAAAAAAUAAAAUCAUUUCUGAAGUUCAAUAUGUCCGAUUGGCAAUUAAUAAUCAUUUAGAUAAACUUCAAAAAGAUCUUUUGAAUAAAUUGGGCGAUACGGAGAAACUGCAAAACAAAACUAUUGAUAGUUUUAUUGAAAAGCUCUCAGACAUGCGUAAAAAUGUUGAAAACAUAUCUGGUGACAUGAAAAAAUCUAAGCAACACGCGUCGAAUUUCCAAGCAUUUCUUGGUAUACAUGAAUGGAAUAAAAAAAUUGAGGCAGAAGAAAAAUAUUGGAUGUCUUUACAAACUGACCAGAUAAUGGACACUUUUGACAUUCACAUACAAUACUCGCCGAUACUUAUUAAGUUCGAGACAGACGUCAAAGAAUUAGGGAAGUUAGAAGUAAAGUCUUCUUCUACAAAGAAAAUUCUUCUAAAGAAGGAAAAACAGGGACAGAUUUUCGUCCCUGUUUCUAACACUGUAGAUAACAUUAAACUGACAACACUUUGCUGUUUCCAGACACCAGUUGUAGCACCCAGUACCAUAAUUAUAACAGGUAUCGAUAUGUUUGACGACGAGAGAAUCGUGUUGGCAGAUAACCAUCUGUUACACAACAGACUUGUUAUCAUAAAUCAAGAAGGCAAGUUCAUCAAAACUAUACAACUUAAGUAUCAAUGUUUUGAUGUUGCAGUGAUAGAUACAGACACAGUUGCAACAACGUUAAUUGAUCAGAAGAAAAUUUAUAUCAUUGAUGUUAACUCGUCAAAGGUACAAAGGUAUAUACCUACAGGUGACAAGUGUAACGGUAUAACUUAUUCAGGUGAACAAUUAGUCGUCAAUCUCAUCAACAAUACCAUUCAAUUCUUCGAUCUUUCUGGUAAUACCUUGUCAACUUUGUCAACAGCCGAUGCCUCCGUAUCUUGUUCGGUGUUGAAUGACAAACUUUAUUAUACAGCACACAAAAGUGAUACCAUAUACUCAACUGAAUUGAAUGGAGAAGUUCGUUGGAAAUUUAACUGUCACAAAUCAGAUCAUCCGGCUGGUAUAGUAAACGAUGCCGCGGGAAAUAUUUUUGUAGCGUGCCGGAAUAGUCACCAAGUUGUGGUAUUAGGACAAGAUGGCAAGAAAUCAAGAAUCCUCUUGACAAAGAAAGACGGAUUGAAACAACCUAGAGCAAUACAUUACAACCAUAAAACUAACAUACUCAUCGUGUGUAAUGUGUCCGGACAAUGCUUCCAGUACAAAGUUACAAACUGAAUUAUUUUUGGUUAAAAAAACGUUUGUAGCAAAUCAUCGGUGAACACUUGCUUUUCUUGUGAGAUAUUGUUUUAGUGCAAAUGUUUUUUCUAAUGACAAAGUAGAAUACCUUUGUAAAUAGCAAGUCAUUGAAACAGAUUAGAUGUCCUUGAAUUAGAAUAAAUAUGACCAUGUACUAUACUCUUGUUAAAAUUGUUUGAUUGUAUAUUUUAUUUUCAUAUAUUUUCAUAGUGAAAUUUGAAUAUUUA